GUCCCACUUCGACUGAACCCCGAGCUCCCCUCUGACGUGCGGCACCGUUGCAGUCCCGGUGUUUGGUCGCCGCCUGGCGGCCACGGCUGGGAACUUCCUCGCCCUACCACCUCCUACUCUGCCAGGGGCCAUUUUGAACCACACGGCGGUGUUCCCACACGGUCGACUGGAGCUGCGCAUCCGAGCGGACAGUAAUUGGGCAGCGGAGAUCCACAGCAGAUGAGGGCAUUUCAUGUCCAGCCUGCCCAGGAAUCGCUGUGACCCCGACGGAAAGGAGUUCGACUUGACAGGAUGGGGGGAGUAAGUGAAGGAGAUGAUGUGUUGGCUCGAUGGAGUGAUGGACUACUGUACCUCGGCAAUGUGAAGAGAGUAGACGGAGUCAAGCAGUGUUGUCUGGUGAGGUUCGAGGACAACUCGGAGUUCUGGGUGCUGAGAAAGGACAUUCACUCGUUCGCUGCUGGAGUGGAAGAAGUUUGCUGUAUUUGCGACGCCCCGCCUCUUAAAGAACCCCUCGUAAAUUGUCUUAAAUGCCGCCACGGUUAUCAUCCAGAGUGCCACACGCCAACCAUUGAACCGGAAGCUGACAGCGAUUCGUGGAUAUGUCGGCAAUGUGUCUUUGCAGUCGCAACCAAGAGAGGCGGGGCCCUCAAACGGGGACGCUUCGCCCGGCUCAUGCAGUUUAUGAAACUCCGACUCCCUUACCAGCUGUCGUCUCUAGACUGGGACCCGCAGCACCUGACCAAUCAGCAACAGUGUUACUGCUACUGUGCCGGACCUGGAGAGUGGAACCUAAAGAUGUUGCAGUGUGGAAGCUGUGGUCAGUGGUUCCACGAGGCCUGCACACAGUGUCUAACCAAGCCAUUGUUGUAUGGGGACAGGUUUUAUCAGUUCCAGUGCUCUGUAUGUACCAAGGGACCGGAGACCAUCCAAAGACUGCCCAUGACCUGGGUGGAUUUGGCUCAUCUAGUGCUCUACCAUCUCUCGCUGUGCUGCAAGAGGAAAUACUUUGAUUUUGACCAUGAAAUCCUGUCCUUCACCAAUGAGAAUUGGGACUCGUUGCUCCUAGGCGCGCUCUCUGACACGCCAAAGCAGGACCGCUGUCACAAUCUCCUCAACGCUCUGAACUCCCACAAGGACAGGUUUGUCUCUGGAAAGGAGAUCAAGAAGAAGAAGUGUCUUUUUGGGCUUCAAGUCCGAGCCCCACCUCCGCUCACGUCCGAUUCGUCUCCGCUCAUCACCGACCCACCUAUUAACAUCACACACCGGAGAAGCCCGCUGUCACUACCCUGCCAGAGGAGAGCGGGGGGGCCUGAGUCACGUAAAUCAAAGCGACGCAUCAUAGAGACACAGGCUUGUCCACCUCCAGCUCCUGCCAACCCCAUUGAGCUACUGCCAUGUUGCCAUGGUUACAUGGGAGGGACCAGCGUUUACAACUCCAGGAAGUCAGAGGAGGAGCUUAACUUGAGCUCCCCUCCCAAGCGGAUGUAUGCCCUGUACCACACCACUUACAAUGGAAAUACUGCACUCUCCAGGAGUCUCCAUCACUACAACAGUGUGGAGGACACCUGCAGGUUACCGCCUCCAUGCUUCUCAUACCCCCUCAAUUCCAAUGGCAGCCAUCACCACCACCACCACCUCCACCAGCACCAUCACGGCCACCAACACAACCACCAACACCAACACCAGACGGGGCAGAAGCAGCCGGAGCCCCUCAUCCUACGGGAUCUGCCCCCUUACCAGGCCAGCAUGGGCGGAGGGGGCGGCGUAGGUGGGGGAGGGGGAGGAGGAGGCGGAGGGGGAGGAGGUGGCGGCGGCGGUGGUGGAGGAGGGGGGAUGGGAGUCGGAGGGGGCAGCGGGACAGUGGCCAGGAGCUGGGGUGGAGGGGAGGCAGUGAGGAUCUUGGCGAGACGCGUCACACCAGACGGGAAGGUUCAGUACCUUGUGGAGUGGGACAACGUGAGUUUGUACUGAGACAAAGAGAGUAAACACGAGACGCAAUGACUGUUUUGCAGCUGCCACAGGAAUACUGUGUAUGUAAUCUGUGGCAGUGUUUAAAGUACAAACAAAACAAAAAGGAUAAAAAAAUCCCUAUGCGUUGCAAAAUCCAGGUUGCUCUCAUAGUAUCACCUCUAUUCUACAUCAUUAUAACCUCACUACUCGUUAUUAAAUGUCCCUCUUUGCUAGUGUUUCUCUGAUAUUUGUACUGUUAACUUUGGAAUAUGCCUUUGCAUUUAUCAUGUUUUACAGUGAUGAGAGAAAGUAUUGAAACCUCCUGAUGAUUUGUCAGUGCGUGGACCACAUCGAGAACAAGUCUUUAGCUGUACUCAUGUACUGAUAUACAGUACUGAAGACGAGCAACAGUAUUGUACAAGAAACUAAUUUAAAAAGAAAAGAUUACUGCUUUUUCAUUGCUCAGUUUAUAAUUCUUUAGUUUUAGUCACCACAAAUAAAACAGUAAACUUCUACUACACUGUUAAGCAUAUGAUACCAUUAUGUCUGUACAAGAAAUAUAAAGAUAGAGCCAAAGGACAGUUAGCUAAGCAUAAAGACUGGAUGCAGGCGAAACAACUAGCCCGCCUCUGUCCAAAGGUAAUCCGCCUGCACCUUACGCUGUAAGCUGUUUGUUUAAUUCCUACAAAAAACAAAGUGUAUAAAUAAGAGGUUGUGGUUUUACAAGGGGUUCUGGGCUGGAAAAGUAAGUAAGUCACUGCGGCUGGCCAUAAAAUAGUCCUGGCUGUUUUCCCCUGAUUCCACUCUUUAUGCUAAGCUAAGCUAACCAUCUCCUGGUUGUAGCUUCAUAUUCAAUGCACAAACAGGGG